AUGGGUCCCAAGAAAGAGAAGAGCAGUCUGAAGCGGAAUCGGCAUAGCACCGGUGAAGACCAGGAGAUCAAGAAACCGCGGAGAUCCCAACGGCUCUCUUCGCAGUCUCAACAAGAUCCCCAGCACACACCUCUCAAGAACCAAUAUCUGCCUUCUCCUCUGACGUACCAGGAGUCUACUGCCACCGAAACAUUCAAGGAACACACUGCUACUCCUCCGGAAGGCCGACCGAGUCAGAUCCGUCAUGUCACGCCUGCAGCGUCGCCACCACUUCUUCCACAAUCCUCACCUCCUCAAGACACUCAGUCUCUAUCCCAGUUCGUCUAUCCUCCGCGAGAUAUCGAGCCUGACUUGAAUGAUGAGGAUGGAACAUGGGGUUACCUGUUUCCGAUGACCGAAAAUGGACACAGACUGCAGAUGAAGCGACGAGCUUUUUGUCCUGCUCCCUCGAAGCCACUCGAGGUGUCGAGGUCUACUGUUAAGAGUAGAAGGCGAGGGAAAAAGGAAUUAAUAGAGGCUGAGGCAGAAUAUGAGAACGAGAAAACGGACAAAGGGUUCCCGGCGAGUGGAUAUCUGAUCGGGAGACACCCAGAAUGUGACAUGAUCCUUGACAUUCCAACCGUGUCGAAUCGCCAUUGCCUGCUCUUCAACGAAACACGGAAUGGCGAUGCGGUCGCUAUUCUCGAAGACUUGUCCAGCAAUGGUACAUUUGUCAACGAGGCAUUCUUGGGUCGGAACAAGCGAAGACAGCUGGAGGACGGGGACGAAAUCACCAUCUUAGAUGAGGCUCGAUUCGUCUUUCGCUACCCCAGAAGUCGAGACUCGAGUGCGUUCAAUUCGCGUUACCGAAUUCUACAACAGCUGGGGAAAGGUCAUUUUGCCACUGUCUACCUCUGUGUGGAAAGAUCAACAGGCUUCAAAUUCGCUGUCAAGAAGUUCGAGCGUCGCAUGGGGGAGUCCCAACGCUCACAGACGGAAGGUUUAGAACAAGAAAUCGCUGUUCUGAUGAGCGUCAGCCAUCCCAAUGUCCUUUGCUUGAAAGAGACGUUUGAUGAACCUGACGGAGUUUACCUGAUCCUGGAGCUUGCGCCCGAAGGCGAGCUGUUCAACUUGAUUGUGACGAAACAGAAGUUGACCGAGGCCGAGACCAGGAAAAUCUUCAUCCAGUUGUUCCAGGGGACUAAGUAUCUACAUGAACGGAAUAUUGUGCAUCGCGACAUCAAACCAGAGAAUAUUUUACUGACGGACAAGAAUUUGUCGGUCAAGUUGGCAGAUUUCGGCCUGGCUAAGAUCAUUGGCGAGGAGUCCUUCACCACUACAUUAUGUGGUACACCGAGUUAUGUUGCCCCUGAAAUAUUGGAGAAUACCCGCCAUCGAAAGUAUACUAAAGCGGUGGAUGUUUGGUCACUUGGUGUGGUCUUGUAUAUCUGCCUAUGCGGAUUUCCACCCUUUUCCGACGAGCUCUACUCUCGAGAGAAUCCAUACACCCUAGCUCAACAGAUCAAAAUGGGGCGGUUUGACUAUCCAUCACCGUAUUGGGACUCGAUCGGCGACCCUGCCCUCGACCUCAUUGACCGCAUGCUCACGGUCGAUGUGGAGAAGCGAAUUACCAUCGAUCAGUGCCUGGAACAUCCUUGGACAAGGAAUCUGGGCUACAUCAACCCUGCCGAUUCGCUUGAUGGCCUCACCGGGCAAAUGAGUGCAUUUGACUUUUCCAAACGGAAAAUCCAACGGGAACGCACUUUGCUAGCCAACAUCAACGACGUCAAAGUGAGCAAAGUAGUUGAUCUCAAUGGAGGGCAACAGAUCCAAGGUGUGCCGACCGAAAUUCCUGGUUCGCCAGCGCAUGUGAAGAUAUGGGACAAGAACCCUAGCGGGAAAAAUGUACGGAUGAGCCCACCCAAGGACAACAAGGGAAAGAAUGAAAACGGCGACGAGGGAGGUGUCGAGAACAAGCAGGAGGUGGACAAAAGGGAGGAACACCCUGCGGCGAACAGGCAGGAAGAGGAGUUUAUGCAAAUGGGCGGCAAAGGCGACAUGCGUUUGUUCGGGAAUGACGCCUCCUCGAGGUACUUGCCGGAGGAGGUGCCCAAGACCAAGAAAAAGUGA